CUGUUCUAUUUGCUCAAAUCUACUUAUAAGCUAGGUUAUUGGAUAUUGGAACGAAUUGACAAGGUAAUAUGCUAGAGUUAUAAUAAAGUGACAUAUCUAAAGUCGGGAUUCGAGUAGAAGUACCUAGGUAGGCAUAUAGUAAUACGCUUCGACUGCGUAACCCCUUUUCUUGUAAGCCCACACUAUCAACGUUAUCAUAUCUCUACCACCUCUGAAAAUUGAAAGAAAAAGAAAACUCUUCUCUUGCCCCUUGUAAUUGACCAAAUUAGGCCACAAGAGCUAGAGUCCAACUCCGAAUGAUCUUAUAUUAUCCAAGACUUCCAAGACAGGUUUCUAACUCAGGGCUUUAGGCUAUUAUAGCAAUAUUCACUAUCACAUCACGAGGGUAUCGACCCCGCACACUGCGGAUUGAUCGUAACAUAAUAGAAAGCUAUUUUUAAUUGCUUACAUUUGAGGCUCGCUAAAAUAGUAGUUGACGAAUAUCGCGAGUCGUUCCUGAGAUAUUGCGAAUAGUGAUGAGAUGAUAUUUUGAAGUUGCCUACCUGACAUGCACAGAAAAGAUAAAGACUAAGGCAAAAGAAAAAAAAACACUAAUGGCUGCAGCCGUCGCAACGACACAAGUUCCCCUAGCACUUCAUGGGCUCACAAAGGAACCUCCACAAAUACCAAGACGUCGCGAUGUGCUUACGAACAUUAACUACUACAAAGACCCAGGCGACGGUUCACUACCGAUGCCUAUCGUGAUCGCCGAUAACACCGUAAAAAACGAGCGUCCGCACAUCCCCCAGCAGACCAUUAUCCACGACGUGACGGGUGAGGAGGAUCAGUACACGCUUGACAACCACGGAUUCCAGUUCCUGCGGCACGAGAGCGCGACCAAAACCCUGCAAGACUUCCAGGACGAGGAGCACGUCAAGGCCGAGUACUACCCGGAGUCGAUACGGCUUCUCAAGGAAGUAACCGGCGCGUCACGCAUCUUCCUCUUCGACCACAAGACGCGCUGCGGACCGUCGCACUGGCACAAGCUGGGAAAGGGUAAUCGGUCCUCCCGCGGGCCGCUGUUCCGAGCGCACGUAGACCAGUCGUACGCCGGGGCGGAGUUCGUGCUGCGGCGCUGGUUCCCCGACGAAGCGGACGAGCUGCUCAAGCGGCGAUAUCAGAUCAUCAACAUAUGGCGCCCCAUCCGCCCCGUCCUCAAAGACCCCUUCGGCGUCGCGGACGGUUCCUCGAUCCCGGACGCCGACCUAGUCGGCGCGUCGAUAAUCUACCCGGCGGACCGGGACCGGGACGAGACGUGGACGAUUCUGCCGCCGCGACGCGCGGGGACGGGGACGGGGAUGGGGAUGCCGGCGCAUCACAGGUGGUACUACAAGCACGCGCAGCGGCCCGACGAGGUCCUGCUCGUCAAGUGCUUCGACUCGGACGAGCGGGUCCCGGCCCGGCGCGCGCCGCAUAGCGCGUUCGAGGACCGCGAGUACGAGGACCGGGAGGCGAGGGAGAGCAUCGAGGCUAGGGCUUUGGUUUUUUAUGAUUGAUUGAUUGGUUGGUUGGUUGGUUGGAAGAUGGAUGGAAUAUUGAUUAUAUUAGUUAUUACGGCAUAGAAAAUGCCAAGUCUGAUAGAAUAAGUUAUGGAUUUGUAUGCGUUUUUAGCAUCCCUUG